AUGUGUCCAAUUGAAAAUGAACUUGCUCGACACUCUUUUUCUGCCAAUAUCAUACAAGAUGACAUGCUCCCUUUCAUGAUCAUUAAUCCUCUUAAUGAGAUUGGCAAUAGCAUGGAAGACUCUAAUGGCAAGUGGACAGUAAAGUCAUUUACAGUUCAAAGGGAAAACAACCACCUCCAACUGCAAAGAUCGCUUGCAUCUGAGCAUGAAGUGGCAGUUGUUAAUGAGAAAGUUGAAAAUGAAACAAACACAGUUGUUGUAAGUGGUAGAAACAAUUCUGUUUGGUUGCAAAGAAUCAUGGCCCAGAAUACAACACUUUAUCAUCAAAGAGAAGACUUAGAGCAGUUGAUAGAUGUUCCAGGAAUUGAUGAAGCUGAAUUACAAGCGAUUAGUGGUUUACUUAGGGAAGCAAUAAAUGGUAUAGACACUCUUAGAAAUGCAAACUCUUCCCGCUUUAGAAAUCUUAAUACACAAAGAUAA